AUGCUACUACAAGCAAUUCGUUUGAUGUUAGAGCAGGAAGACGAAAAAACGCGAGUCUUGCAAUUUCCGCUUAUAACUCUUACGAUCGCCGGGUGCUGGCCACCGAAUUCCUGCUCCACGUUUUGCAAACGAGCAGUGUACAAUGUGUAUACGAUUAUCGUAGCCUCGUUACUAUUUACCUUCAUGGUGCCGCAAUUCAUGGACAUUGUCCUGAACGUCGACAAUGCUGACGACUUCACGGACACUUUCUACGUUAUGCUAGCUAUGGUUAUCGCUUUCUGUAAGAUACUCGGUCUGUUGCUAAAUCGUAAGAAUAUCGAGAUGAUAAUGGGCGCGUUAGUCGAGAAACCAUUUAGUCCGUUGGGACCGGACGAAAUCGAGAUACGACAGAAAUUUGAUAACUUAAUACAGUAUGUAUCACGAAGCAAACAUGGAAUAAAUAUUUGA